CUUCUGAUUUUCAGUCUCCAUAUUUUUGUUUAACUGCAAAUUGGAAGGGAAAAGAAUAUGGGGAGAGCACCUUGCUGUGAUAAAGCUAAUGUGAAGAAGGGUCCAUGGGCUCCUGAAGAAGAUGCUACGCUUAAGGCUUAUAUUGAGGAACAUGGUACUGGUGGUAACUGGAUUGCUUUGCCUCAGAAAAUAGGGCUUAAGAGAUGUGGGAAGAGUUGUCGCCUCCGCUGGCUAAAUUAUCUCCGGCCAAAUAUCAAGCAUGGAGGUUUUUCUGAAGAAGAAGAUCGCAUAAUUUGCAGCCUCUAUGUUAGCAUAGGGAGCAGGUGGUCUAUAAUUGCAGCACAAUUACCCGGACGAACCGAUAAUGAUAUAAAGAACUACUGGAAUACAAAGCUGAAGAAGAAACUCUUGGGUAAGCAGCGGAAAGAACAAAUUUCUCGUAGAAAGGGAGAGUUACUAAUGAAGAAAGGGAGAUCACCAUCAGAAAUUCCAUCUUCCAUAAUCGUUAGUGGUAACGACAACAACUGCCAAGAUCCUUAUUGGCCAGAGUUGCCAGUGUUGCCACCUGUGCCCUACUCGAAUCAAGAACCUUGCUUUGUCAACGGUCAUGCUUCUAUACGGAAACUACUCAUCAAGCUUGGAGGAAGAUUUUCUUGUGAUGAUAAUGGAGAUCAAUCUGUCAACAUGGUCUCACACUUCCCCAUUGAUCUUCCAGCAUCAUUGCAUGAUGAUCAGAAGUUUAUUGCUAGUAGUACUCCAGUUUCUUCUUCUUCUUCAAUGUUGCUGAAUAGCCAACACGACAUUUUGCCUAUACAGGAGGGGCGAAGUGGCUGUUUCCCAUCAGUAUUUGAGGAAAUGUAUCACAAUCCACAAAAAUUGGAUGGACUGGAGUUCCUAUAUGGAGAGAUGUGUGAAAUAAACACAAGUGGAAGCAGUAGCGUUAUUACAUGCAGAGAUAGCAUGGACUGGGGUGAGAUGAGUUCCCUAAUUAGCACCACGACGACUACGAGUAAUGUUAUGAAUUCAUCAAACUUCCGAAGAUCAAUUCAGCAAGGGGUGGAACUACAAGAUUGUGCUUAUGAUGACAAUCACCACAACCGAGUUCAUUAACAGAUAAGGAGAAGCUAUGAUAAAAGAAAUCUUAAAUUUAUGAUUCGUUGGUUGGAAAUGUUUGAGUUUAAUUAGUUGCUAUAUUUACCAUUUUGAAGCCUUUUACUCUCUUUUUGGAGUCAGUUGCUUGACACACAAUGUGUUGAGGACUAUGGAAGCGUAUUUGUGUGUGUUUAUAUUGUUUGUCACAGAAACAGCUAAAUUAAAUUUGAUCUCAGUUUUUAUGUGGUA